UCUAUCAGUAGUAGCAGCAGCAGCGCGCGCUCGCUCGCUCGCUCGCUCGCUCGCACGUCCGUCGGUGGUGUAAGCUUCGCCCGGGUGUUGUGUGCGUGCGUACACGCGUACGUGCGUGCCGCGGGGUGCGUUUUCUAACGUCGUCGGACACGACGACGACGUUUUCACCGUGGUGUCCGCGAUGCCGACAGUGACUCGCGCAAACGGCCGUCGUGCAGAUUGCCCGCGAGGAUACCGCGAGAUGUCCGUCGUCGACGAUCAUCAGAGCGAGGACACGUGAGGAGGUGGGGUCCGUUUUGGAGUACGCGAGCUACGAGAAAGAGAGGAGGACGAGAGGUAAAUGAGAGUUCAAGGUCAGCCGGCGGUGCUGUUGGACCCGAACUCGUUUACACGACCAAAAAAAAAAAAAAAAACACUUAUUCGGAGGAGAAGGUGGACCGUUCCUCGUCGUCGCUCGUUGGAAGUCGGAAAUAUCACCGGUGUGAGAAACGCACACGCCAGCCGAUCAGAGAGAGAGAGGGAAUCGGAGCUCCACCGUUUGGACUGUCACCCUAUUUCGGGACCGUGAUCCAAAGUGCGCGCGAGAUACGCGCGCGCUCGCGGGCACAAAUAAGUAUACACGCGAACGUCGCGACUGUGUUGUGUAUGUGUGUGUAUGUGAGGGCUCCGUCGUCUGUGAUUUUUUCGAGUGCGCCGGAAAGGUGUUUUCCGUUGACAGUGCGUAUUUGAUGCUCGCUGAAGGGAAGAAAGAAGAAGAAGAAGAAGAAGAAGAGGAAGGAGACCUCGUGGAGGUGGGUACUCGAAGAGGAAGGUCGUCCGCGACCGAGCGCAAAGUGUGUGAGUGUGUGUGUGAUCCAGUCCCCCCAGCCGUUGUUGGAGUCUCCUAUUGUUUUCCUACGGCGGCUACGUUGAAAAGGACUGGCCACCAAAUGCGCGUACCGCAAAUCCUGUUUCAUGUUGAUGUUCUGGAGCAAACGGACGGUGCUCACUAGACGUCUGCUAAAGGCCAAGGUCCGUGGGGAGCAUGAAACCGAGUGUGAAGCUCAAGAGGAUUCAUCGUCACGUACGUUUCAUCGCACGAGCAGCAGCAACGCGAGCGGCGCCGCCGCCGGCUACGACAACACGGGCAGUAACAACAACAAAGCGACGACGACGACGACGACGAGCCGACAAGUGAGCAGUAGAGUUACAGGACCAACGUUGUCGGGGACCGGCGCGGGGGCAGGAGGAGGUGGGGCGGUGGUUUACGGGGGACGCAACACCGCGGCCAGUAGGCUGCAUCAGGGCUGUUGCGGCGGCGACACCAGUCAGGAUGACGAUGAGCAGCAGCAGCAGCAGCAACAACAGCAGCAGCAGGAUCCCGGUCGGUUGCUGAGGUGCAAGGAACUCCUCAAGUCGCUCAAGGAGAAUCAACUGGAGAUGCUGCUGACCGCCGUCGAGAGCUACGGCGCCGACCUAAGCUCGUGCGUUCUCGUGCCGCGUCAGGUCGAGGACUAUCCCUACGAUCAGCAGCACGAGCAGCAGCAGCAGCAGCAACAGCAAUAUCACGGCAGCAGGCUACAUCGUCAUCAUACCCGUCAUUUUCAUCAGCGCCGUUAUCGUCAGUAUCGACACCACCGCUCCAGCAGGCAUCAUCGCUCGUCCUCCGUCGAGGACGACCAGGAGAGCUGCUGCUCCGCGUCGGAGGAUUCCUCGUCCGCGUCGCCGAUGAGAUCGGCGAGAAACGGUAGCAGCGGUGCCGUCGUACCGAUGAGAGGAUCAGCGGUCGAGAGGAGCCCCGGCGCCCCGUGCGACCCGCACCUGCUCUGCUGCCAGAUCUGGCGGUGGCCGGAUCUCGAGCACUCCUCGGAGCUCAAGAGACUACCUAUAUGUCAUUCCGCUAAAGAUCCCGUAUACAUAUGCUGCAACCCUUAUCACUGGAGUCGACUCUGCAGACCCGAGUCGCCACCACCCCCGUAUUGCCUUAUCGCCGACAGACUGAGACCCGAAGAUCGUGCGCCUAGCGAAGGGGAUCAACGUCGGUGCAGAAACAGCACGCCCCUGCCACUUCCCGGCUCGCUUACCACCAACGGAGAAGGUAACUAUGUCUUCAAGGUUAUAGUACCCCAUAUGUUCACCGACCCCAAGACGAGAGAUGUAUGGGGUGUCCCCCGUUGA